CUUUGUUCCCGGCGAAGGCAAGCCGAGUAGCGCGAAGCGGAACGCGGACGACGCGGAGCAAACGGAGUAUAAAGUGUAACAUAUACGAUCGUUUCUGGAUGGUGUGAAUAAUGAUCGCCAGCUCGAGCGAGUGAACAACGUCGACGUGAUCGCGGAAUUAUCGUCGACGCGCGUCCAACGAGAGACGGCUGCUCUGGCGCAACUGUGAUAUGCCAAUAAUUAGCUGUUCGCGACCCCGCGAGUGUACGUCCCGCGGUCCUCGAGGCAACCGACGCUACGCAACAAGCAACGCACUCUCGUCGCCGAGACGCAGUCACUGAAGAUAUCUGAAGAUACACCAUAUCAAAAUGAGUACAGGUAUGGAAAAUGGGGCUGGCAACAGCAAGUCCAAGCAGAAAACUAUUGAAGGCAUUUACCAAAAGAAAUCACAGCUGGAACAUAUCUUGCUGCGUCCGGAUACUUAUAUUGGAUCUGUGGAACCAGUAACAGAAAUGAUGUGGGUCUUUGAUAAGGAGAAAGAGAUGAUGGUUCAGAGGGAUAUAAGAUAUGUUCCUGGAUUGUAUAAAAUUUUUGAUGAAAUUCUGGUAAAUGCUGCUGAUAACAAACAACGCGAUCCUAAAAUGGAUAUGAUCAAAAUUGAUAUUGAUUCUGAGAACAAUACUAUUUCUGUGUGGAACAACGGGAAGGGCAUUCCUGUAGUAAUACACAAAGAAGAAAAAAUGUAUGUACCCACCAUGAUUUUCGGUCACCUUCUGACAUCAUCUAAUUACGAUGACGAAGAGGAAAAAGUGACUGGUGGCAGAAAUGGUUACGGUGCCAAGCUGUGUAAUAUUUUUAGUCAUCGUUUUACCGUUGAGACCGCGACGAAGGAAUAUAAGAAAUCUUUAAAGCAAACAUGGGGUAAUAAUAUGGAUAAAGCUAGUGAGCCUAGAAUUAAGGAAUAUCAUGGAGAAGAUUUUACUAAAGUCACAUUUUCGCCGGACUUGACGAAAUUCAAGAUGCAAUCUCUAGAUGCGGAUAUCGUAUCUCUAAUGUCUCGAAGAGCGUAUGAUGUAGCUGCCUCCUCGAGGGGUGUCAAGGUUUAUCUGAACGGAAGUCGUGUUCCGGUGAAGAAUUUUAAGGAAUACACUGAUUUUUACAUUAAGGGGAAAGAAGACGAUGUUGGCAACCCUUUAAAAAUUGUAUACGAACAUUGCGGUCCGCGUUGGGAAGUAGCCAUCACACUGUCCGACAAAGGAUUCCAGCAAAUGUCGUUUGUAAAUAGUAUCGCGACAACGAAGGGUGGCAGACACGUCGAUCACGUGACAGAGCUGAUAGUCAAACAAUUGAUCGAAACGUUGAAGAAGAAAAAUAAAGCCGGCGUGGCCAUUAAGCCGUUUCAAAUCAAGAAUCACCUGUGGAUAUUUGUCAACUGUCUCAUCAAUAAUCCCACGUUCGACUCGCAGACCAAGGAGAAUAUGACUCUGCAGCCAAAGAGCUUCGGUUCCAAGUGCACACUUAGCGAUAAAUUUGUCGCCUCUAUCACGAAAAUCGGUAUCGUGGAGGCAGUAUUGUCCUGGGCGAAGUUCAAAGCCGACAGUCAGCUGGAGAAGUUGGGUCCAAAGUCGAAGCAAAGGAAACUUCAUGGUAUACCCAAAUUGGAAGAUGCCAAUGACGCAGGAACCGUAAGGUCACUCGAGUGCACACUCAUAUUAACUGAGGGAGACUCAGCCAAAACGAUGGCCGUGUCGGGUAUCGCUUCCAUAGGCAGAGAUAAGUACGGCAUAUUUCCAUUAAGAGGUAAAAUGUUGAACGUGAGAGAAGCUACCCACAAGCAAAUCCUGGAGAACGCCGAAAUCAAUAACCUGAUAAAAAUCCUUGGUCUUCAGUACAAAAAGAAGUAUGAGAGUCGAGACGAUCUGAAGACAUUACGCUAUGGAAAGAUGAUGAUCAUGACCGAUCAAGAUCAGGACGGUUCGCAUAUCAAAGGUCUCUUGAUCAAUUUUAUCCAUCACAACUGGCCGUCGUUGUUGAAGCUGAACUUCGUUGAAGAAUUCAUUACGCCUAUCGUUAAGGCCAGCAAAGGCAAUCAAGUUCUGUCUUUCUUCUCACUGCCGGAAUUCGAAAUGUGGAAGAAGGAAACUGAUAACUUUCACACGUAUAAGAUCAAAUACUACAAAGGUUUGGGUACUUCCACCGCCAAAGAGGCGAAGGAGUACUUCGAGAAUAUGGCCAGGCACAGAAUACGCUUCCGAUAUGACGGCGAGCAAGACGAUCAGAACAUCAUCAUGGCGUUCAGCAAGAAAUGUGUCGACCAACGUAAAGAUUGGUUGAUGAAUCACAUGACCGAGACGAAGAGGCGAAAGGAAAUCGGACUGGGCGAGCGUUAUCUCUACGAGAAGGAUACGCGCACCGUUUCUUUCUCAGAUUUUAUCAACGUCGAACUGGUGCUGUACAGCAACUACGACAACGUAAGAUCCAUCCCGAACAUGAUGGAUGGCUUCAAACCGGGCCAGAGGAAAGUCCUGUUCACCUGCUUGAAACGUAACGACAAACGCGAAGUGAAAGUCGCGCAAUUGGCGGGAUCGGUCGCCGAGCACUCGGCUUACCAUCACGGCGAGACGUCCCUGAUGGCGACCAUAAUCAAUCUCGCGCAGAAUUACGUGGGCAGCAAUAACAUCAAUCUGCUUCAGCCGAUCGGUCAGUUCGGUACAAGGCUAACCGGAGGCAAGGACGCCGCCAGUCCGAGAUAUAUUUUCACGAUGCUCAGCCCAUUGGCAAGGUACAUAUUCCACAAACACGAUGACGCUCUAUUGAAACACGAGUACGAUGAUAAUCAGAAGAUCGAGCCUGUCUUUUACACACCUGUUAUUCCUAUGGUGUUGGUGAACGGCGCUGAUGGUAUUGGCACCGGAUGGAUGACAAAGAUCCCGAACUACAAUCCUCGAGAAAUUAUCGAGAAUCUGCAAAGGAUGAUGGACGGCGCAGAUCCGAAACCCAUGAUACCGUAUUACAAAAAUUUCAAAGGCACCGUGGAGAGCGUCGGGGACUUUCGUUAUGUUACAAGCGGAGAGGUAUCGAUAAUUGGACCCGACAAGAUCGAGAUCACUGAACUUCCUAUCGGGACGUGGACGCAGACUUAUAAGGAAGCAGUGCUGGAGCCCAUGUUACACGGAACCGAUAAAACUCCAGCAGUUAUCACUGAUUACAAGGAGUACAACACAGAUACGGCGGUACACUUCAUAGUAAUAUUGAAUCGCGAUAAAUUGGUAGAGCUGGAAAGAGACGGUCUUCAUAAAGUGUUCAAACUUCAGUCAACGAUGACAAUAACGUCAAUGUGCGCGUUCGACGAAAAUCAAUGUCUGAACAAAUACGACAGCGUGAUGCAAAUACUGAAAGGAUUUUACAAAGUACGACUGGAAAUGUAUCACAAGAGGAAGGAUUAUCUGGAAGGAAUUUUGCAAGCGGAGGCGGCGAAACUGUCGAAUCAGGCGCGCUUCAUCCUCGAGAAGUGCGACGGCACUCUGGUGAUUGAGAACAAGAAGAAGAAGGACAUGAUAGCGGAAAUGGUCAGACGCAAUUACGAUUCGGAUCCUGUGAUGGCUUGGAAAUUGACGCAAAAUAGAGAACAAGUGUUGGAAGAAGUAAUUGAUGAAAAUAACGAGGACAUUCCAACCACAACCUUGAUAGAUAAAGAGAAUUACGACUACCUUCUUGGAAUGACGAUGUGGAGUCUAACGAAGGAGAAGAAGGAUGAGUUGUUGCGGCAACGGGACGAAAAGGUAGCGGAAUAUAAGAGACUGCAAUCCCGAACGCCGAUUUCUUUAUGGAAAGAAGAUCUGGAUAAUUUGUUGAGUGAGCUAAAUAAGUUGGAAGAAAAGGAACGGAAGGAAGACAACAAAUCGAAACAGACCAUUAAGAAGCCGCCCUCGAAGUGGUAUUCGAAGGUGGAUCAAACUCGUCGUAUAGUUCCCAUUAUCGACGUUGAGAUGAAGAAGAAGAUCGAAAAGGCGGAUAUCGUGUCGAAGGACAAAAAAGACGGCAUAAAGAAAUCGAGGGUAAAGAAGGAGAAGGACGCCUCCCUGGAAAAAGAUGAAUUCGAUAUAUUGGUUGAUACUAAUGCCAAAUCGCUCGACGAUAGGCUUGGAACCUCUCCCGACAAGAUAGAAAAGAAGGCAACAGCGAAGAAAGGUUUGAAGCAAACAACGUUGCCGUUUAAGGCGAUCAAAAAAGGAGCGAAGAAGAAGGAGGAUUCGAGCGGCGACAGUGACGACAUUGAUUUUGACAGCAUUUCGCCGCUUCCGGAACGAUCUGCUCCGCCACGAGCUGCUCGUAAAUCCGCAGGCAAGAAGAAUUACAACUUCAGCAGCGAGGAAUCGAGUGAUGACAGUCCUGACAUACUUAAUCCCAUUUCCGAUUGUGAAAUAAUCGAGAAGAAAGAAACCAUUCAAGUACUAAGUGAUUCCGACGACAACUUUAAACCGAGCAAGAAACCGCCUCAAUCGACACCGACUUCAGAAGAACUUUUUGACUCGUUAGUCGGCAAUUCUUCUUCAGAAAAACCACAGAAGUUUGCAAUAUCCUCGUCCGGGGAAGAUUCGCCUUCGAAGUUCACGCCGCCUAAAAAGGCACCAGCUAAGAAGAAAGCUGAGAACGGCGGCAAAGGAAUGAAGAGGCAAAAGAAAAAACAGAAAUCAUCCGAGGAGUCCGACACAGACGACAUACUUUCCGCUAAACAAAAUCCUACGAAGAAGAAAAAGAAGAAAAUUUCAGAUUCUGAAGACGACGACGUGAUAGACGAUUCGCCACCGUUGCCACCGCGGAAGAUCGGCGGUCGCGCACGGAAGCCAAUAUCCUAUGCGUUAAAGUCAGACGACGAUGAUUCUGAUUGAACUUGAUCGUGUCACUCUUUGAAAAAUGUAAGAGACAAUGCGUUGAACAUAAAUUUUCAAAGGUUUCAUCCUCACCGAAGUAAGUCGUGAUGUUAGUAAUAAUUUUACGUGGGGUGCUUCGUACAAGGAUCUGCCAAACGUUGGGAAUGUGUUCCUCGAAUAAUUUUGAGAGCGGAAAACCAUUUGGAGCAAAUCUAUAUUCGUAUGAUUCUUUCUGUUUUCAGUGAUACUCGAGAGCUUACUCGAGCGACACAUUCUGUAACUCUAGCGUGUUCUGCUUGGAACGUUCCGCUACAACCUUGUACAUAAGUUGUCUCGAAAACACAUAGCAUUGUAAGCGAAUGGAAUUUUGCGAAGGUAAACACGUCGUGAACGGCGUUGCUGGAUGCGUCGGGUGUGCUUAAAAUACUCGCAUAAAUCUCGCGAUGAGUCUUUAAAGAAAUUUUUAUCAUAAAAGUUUUAUUACUUACGUUUUAAUAUUAAUAUUAUUUUUCAUGUUUAGAUGGUUCGAAAAAAAUGUGGCACGCUCGUAUCUUGCGAAAAGAGCAUCCGACGUCGUUUACGUUAGAUAGAUUAAUUAGCACCGCGCAAUAUGAGGGAGCACUUCUUCGAAUCUCAGAUUGUUGCACAAAUCCUCAUGCGUCUUAUUGUAUUACACUCUCCUUACCGCCGAAAUCUCAUUUUGUACGACUUGUCCUCGGUAAAACUUGAAAAAAAAAAGAA